AUGACAAAGAACGUGAUAUUUUAUGCGUCGUUUCAGCUAUUCAAGAUUAAUUUCAGGCCUAAGUCAAUUGUUCUUAAAGGCGUUACAAAUGCAUCCAUUAGAAGGAUUACAAGCUUAAACCCUAUGGGAUUCCACUUCUUCAUCACCACAAGCAAGUUUAUUAGAUUACAAAGGCUUCAUAUAACAACUCCAAAAGAUAGUCCUAAUACUGAUGGUAUCCAGAUCAGCUCUUCAGACCAAGUGAGGGUCUCACGAUCACGUAUUGAGACGGGUGAUGAUUGCAUAGGUAUCCUACAAGGAUCAACUCGACUUUCCAUCAACAAAGUAACAUGUGGUCCUGGCCAUGGCAUAAGUGUUGGUAGUCUUGGCAAGAAUGAGGAUGAAGAGGAUGCCAAAGGUGUCCAAGUAAAAAAUUGCACGCUUCGUGGUACAACCAACGGUAUCAGGAUCAAAACUUUUCCUUUCAAGCCUAAUGUCAUUCCAAUCAAAGCUUUUGGAUUUCUUUUCAAGGAUAUUGUUAUGAAAAGUGUUCAAAAUCCUAUUAUUAUAGAUCAAGAGUAUUGCGGAGGAGGCCAUUCUUGUGUGAACGGACCAUCCAAAAUCAGGCUUAGUGAUAUCUUCUUCCACAACAUAGGAGGAUCGACAACUUCAUCUCAAGCUAUUAACAUCAAGUGUAGCUCUGCGGUACCAUGUCAAAAUGUUCAUCUCCACAACAUCAAUUUGAUUGGUUUAAAAGGACCAUUAUCUGCUUCAUGCAUUAAUGCCAAGAUAAACUUCUUUGGACUACAAGUACCAACUUUGAAGUGCUAAGUUUAAUUAAUUAUAUUUUUACGUAUUUUUGUUAUUCAAUUACCUGAUCUUAUUGUUC